AUGACUGAAUCAGAGUGUCUUCCAGUCAUUACACCUGCUCCUUCAUUGCAGCAGCAACACCAACAACACGACAUGGCAAACUAUCGAACGACAUCGGUCUCGUCUGAUUCAACCCCGUUGCAAGUUCAGGACACGUUACCCACAGCAAGCAAGGUGGACUCUACACAAACAACGAGUGCUAUCACACCACCAAAGACAUUACAUGUGCGCAUUGUCCCCAAUAUUGAGAAUCCUAGUCGUGCUCUUAUAUUCGAGAUAUUGGAUCGAGAGUUGGCCGCUGGAUCGGUUAUCAAACUAGGAAGGUUUACGGAUCGGCCAUCAGGAUGUGUGGAAUGCAUGUCUUUUAAAAGCAAGGUUGUGUCGCGCUCUCAUUGUGAGAUUUGGGUACAUUCAGAUGGAAAGCUGUACAUUCGUGACACAAAUUCGUCCUCUGGCACGUUCCUCAAUCACAUCCGCCUAAGUGCUCCUGGCCAAGAGAGUCCAGCAACUGAAAUUCAACAUGGCGACAUUGUGCAAUUGGGUGUGGAUUAUCAAGGUGGUGAAGAGGAGAUUUAUCGAUCCGUCAAGAUGCGUUUUGAACUCAACAUGUCUCGAAAGCCAAGACCAUUGUCCUUUAGCAUGUCACAAUUCAACAAUCUAAUGACGCUUUCCCGCGUCGCUAGUAGUCACAGCGAGGAUCAACAAGUUAUACGAUCAUCUAUGGUAAUUCCAAUCGAGGAGGAUGAACCAACAACCGAUGAACCCAGCUGCUCAGCUCCUGCAGUUGCUACGACGACAACAACAUCCAAUGCCAUGGAAACCAAUGAUGAAGAGGAGAUGCCCGAAGUCGAUGAAUGCUCCAUUUGCCUUUAUGCUUUGGCUCCAUUGCAAGCUUUAUUUGUUGCACCUUGUUCACAUUCAUUCCAUUUCAUGUGUAUCCGAUCCCUUCUCAACAGCUAUCCAGGAUUUCAAUGUCCUAUCUGCCGUAGCUACUCAGAUUUGGAAGCUAGCGUUGCAUUGGAGCCUGAAGAGGUCAUGGCCAAGUUUGGCUUACGAUGCAAAUCAUUUGUUCCACCUCCAGAGACUGCAUUUGCUAGUGGGCAUCAACAACCCUCCAAUGACAACCAUCCUACAACAACAACUACUACUACUACUACCCCUCCUUGUAUUUCGAAAGCAACCACUUCAUCGCCAUCAUGUUCAAUGCAAGUCCCUGCAGACCCAUCUCCGACUCAGCAGCCAUCCUUGACACACCUUCGAGAGGCUUCGCCACGUGACCGCCGCACUGUGUUUGUCGAAAGUGAUUGUUCCAUUAUUCGUGAUGCCUCACCACGUGAUCGACGCACCGUAUUUGUGGAUAGUGAUGUGAAUAUAUUGCCAAAUGCGCAACAACCAUUACCACAACAACCACAACAACAGCCUGAACAAUCACAACAACAACAACAACAACAAGAAGUGCAAUCCCCUCAACCACAACAACCGCCAUCUCAACCACAACAAACUCCUCAACCACGGCCACGGAGUACAACACAGCGGCGCUCAGAAAAACGACUCAGUGCAGCCAAUAUCAUGGAGAAACUGAAAUUAACAUUAUUCGAAAAACGCAAAUUCACCGUUGCUAUGCGAAGUGAUCAACAACAACAGCAACAGCAACAACAACAACAACGAGGCUAUAAACGAUCCAACCGAACCAGACCCCUUUCUUAUCCAAAUUUCUUAAUGCGCCAUUCCCAUCGUGACGACGACACAUCGCAACCAGAACAACAACGCAACAACGAUCUUCCAUCCACAUCCUCAUUAUCCCGCCAUCAAUCUUCUUUGCCACGAUCAUCCAAUUCACAAUUAUCACAAAUUCAGGAGGAAUCGGAAGAUUUAUCUCGUCGUGAACCUAUGGUAGUUGACAUUUGCACUUAG